AUGCCACGCCGGGUGUCCUACCAGCAGCACAGGGCCACUCUCGACUCUUUCAGGGAUCCCUCGCGGAACAGAUUCAGGCAUGGAAGCGUGGCCGAGAGCGAGACAGACUUGGAGUCGAUAUUCUCGAGUACCACAUACCAGUCUCACGGCUCAUCGCCUUACCCUCGACAGCUUUCGUUACAUCCACCAUUCGAAGCGACAAGCCGAUCCAAUUUCGACAAUCUCGCACGAGAGUCAUCCCCGUUCUCUUCGGGACGAGCGUACUCUUCCUCUCCCGGUCCAACAUAUCGCAACCCUAGACGAGCCUCUAAUCUGGGACCACGACCAACUGUCGAAUCCGAUAGCAAUCCUGGUGUGUCGGCGCUGGGCCUCGAGAUCACGCCGGAAGAUGUUCCGACAGAGUCUCAUCUCCCAGUGGCUGCUGAGCAGAGUAACCACAAACGUGAUAGAAGACGGGCAGUCGCAGCAGAACGGUCAACUCUCACUGGAGGAAAUUUCGAAUCGCCAUUACGACUCUGGAUACGAUGGAUGACUUGGCGGGGCUGGGCAGGAUGGACGUUGUGUGUGGGCCAGGUGGGCGCAGUGGUAAUCAAUUUGAUAUCGGGGCAACUGUCCGGGAGGUUUGCCCAAUUCAAGCCUGGAGAUUGGGUUAUGGAGGCUUUACGCGCGCUUGGUUGGUGCGCGGCAGUAUGGUCAUGGGCAACAGAUGAAGGUCAGCGCGGCGGCCGGAGUCUGCGUAGUCAAAUCACCAGUAUACUGACUAUAAUCCUGUCUCCUCUGAUAUUAUCCGGCGACCAUCUCCUCGCCCUGAGCUCGACAGUCGCUUCCUUGAGACUUCUUUCAUCCGGCCACGAUCUCUCCGCUGCCGCUAUCACUCUAUCAACCUGCAUUUUAUCCGUAAAGACCUGGCAGUACGCUUUAUCAGUAUGGGGAUAUCUCGUUGGAAAGUCCAUCUGGAUGGGAAGUCGUCAACAGAUGCGGUUAUCCAUCAACACCUUGCUUGUCGUCAGCCCGCUCUUGGCAGCGUGUACAUGUUAUGUCAGAAAGCGCAUCAGCUACUCCAUCGACAUUCUCCUGGGUGGGCUGCUCAAUGUGUCCGAACCGCUAUCGUCUGAGUUCUUGAUACCUCUCUUGGAAGUCUUGCCUCUCAAAGAGUGUAUCGCCUAUUCCGAUGGGCAAUACACAUGGCACACUGUUCUGAGAACGAUACAGGCGUAUAUCAGCCAGCACAAGGUGAGUGGGGACGCCUACUCUAGUACACGUCCUGACUUGUUCACAGCUGCUCCUCACAGGAAACCUCAUCGGCGCCCUAGCCCCUCUAGCCGUCCUCCUCUAUUCAUCCUACUCCUUCCAGCCACCCCGCCAAUCGAGCGCUCACAAAUCAUCACCCAGGCGGCCACCAAUGUACAACCUCGUGCUUCAAACAAUGUCUAUAAUAUCCAGCUCUUCAUCUGUAUUCCUAGGUUCCCGGCGAGAUGUGGUGUUGCCAGUCUUUCCCUUGCUACUUAUGAUGUCUCUCAGAGGAGGAUCGGCGAGAGGGUCAGAAGGGCUCGGUGUAGGGGAUGACGUAUGGCUUGCUGGAUCAUGGGCUGUUUGUGUCGGGGCCGUCACUGCUGCCGAAGACUUGAGAAGCUUGCUGGUCAGCCUCGCUGCGGCUGUUUUGUGGUCAACACUGAUCGGCGCGCCGAGACAUCUCCUACUAGCUACAUCUCUGGCAGGUUUCGUGCGAUACGGCUCAAUGAUGGUACCAUCGAUUGCUUUAGCGUCCAACGUGGUCUUCACACUGGCUGGCGUCGCUGGGUGGGCGUGGGGCAUGGAGAAGAUGAUCGAAUCUGCUUGGGCGCUUGGUGGAUUAAGCGGGAGACGUUCGACGACGAAAGGAAAGGACACGAGACCGAAAUGAUGGACGUUUGUUGAAACGGUUGUAUAAGUAUUCCCAUCUGUUGUGGUAUGUGGGAGUUUGAGCUCCCAAUUCUCUUGUAACAUUGUUAUAGAAGUCUGUUGUUAACACAUGACAUAUUCUACUUUUAUGUCUAGGGUGCCCGUGGCUACAAAAUGAAUACGGGAACAAUGAUUAACGCAACCUGCCCGAAAAGGCUACAAUUCGGAAGUAGUGAACCAUAUGCAGCAACCGAGGCGCAGAAUCAUGACGCUGACGGGGCCGGAGUCCGCAGCCAGGCCACAUGAUUGGUUUGAUGUAACCGGCUUACCCUGACCGUCAGCAUGGAAACGGGGAGGCUGUGAAUCACGUCUCAGAAACGUUCA